ACAUUUGGCCAUAACUGUACUUUUGAACUGCUGUUAUUAACAAGAAUGUAAUUUACACAAUAAAUCCAGCUGUUGGGAAUAGCAGACCUUUCCUUAGUUUGAAAAGGUGUGCCUUAGGAUUAGGGUCUUAAUAGUGUUGAAGAAAAAUGUUGUGUCCCAGGAAAUCAGACUCACUCAUUGAACUAGUUCUGAUGUCUUCCCUUAACCCUUUCCUUUUCUCGUCGAAAUGCACCUUUUAUAUCAUUAAAAAAUCGAUUUUUGCAUUUGUCUUUUUCAAAUACAAAUGACAUUACAUCCCCUUUAACGCUUAGUUACUGAAACCGACCGUGAAGCAAAAAGGUGUCCAUUUCAGAACACGUAGCGCUGUGUUUUCAUGGGCGUGAGUUCAUACCAACGGCAAAGUCAAUACAAACCAGAAACCAGAGAACCCUGCCCGUGGUAAAGCUUCCUCAGCCCUCGCCUUCGCUUCAGUGCUUGUGUCUGGCUUUGGACAUUGGAAAGAAGCACAAGCUGUUCAUUCUGAGACUCUGCCCAACGCUGCCUGUGCUUCAUACUGACACUGCUUUCGGAAAUGAGCCCGUCUGCUUUCUGAUUGACUGCUGCUAGGAGCUCAGCUCAGAUUGAAAGCAGUGCUGAGCUCCACGAUGGAACAUUUUAUAUGCCAGUUAACUCCCUUUUUGUUUUUCUUCAUUUAGCAAUGCAUCACCUCUGCAGUGGAUUGUGGGAUUGUAGUCCUGGGCAAGGUGCUGUCUCUGAUUUUAGACUCGAUUUUAAAAAAGAACUACAAACCUCAGCUUCCACAGAGGUACCUGUUUAAAGAAAGAACUGAGGUGCACUUGAAGAUCCAUGAGAUGAAGCUUGAACUUGUCAGAAUUGCACGAUUCCCCAUAUUCCAAUCUCCAGACAGCACACUCACACAGAUCAAUUACUCCUUUGCCAUGAAGCUUGGUUCUAACCCAUUGGACCGGACCACUAAAGCAACAGAACCCAAUCGUAAUAAGACUUCAAUAAGACCCCAGCAAGCCUGCUGAUUAACGAAGGCUGAAUCGAGUCACACAGCAGAUGUGAACUGAAAAUAACCCUCUCAGAAGGAUAGCUAGCAGCCUGCCUGUCACACUUUCCUCAAUCCUCUUAGAGGGGCUGGGAGGUUAGGUAAGCUGGGGGGGCUGUGGGGGGGUUGAGUGUCUUUCUGGCUCUGCAUUCACUCACAGGAACGAGAGGCUGACCUCUGCAUCCAGUUGUAUUCGGACAGCACCGGAAUCGCACACUAAGAGACGUAUGGGAUAUUAGCGAGAGACUGUGACAGACUCGAGGCACGAGAGAAGAAUGUCACCAAGCUUUGCUGCUUAGAGCGUUGUGCGUUUUCAGAGUUUAAAUCCUAAUUUAGUGAGGGCUUGAGUCAGUGUCGAGGGAGACUGUAUGAGUUAGAAACGCUUGUGUGCACUUCUCCAUUGUAGUCAGCCAGUCGAUCAUCUACUGCUCAGGAUCCCUUGUUAUUGCAGCGUCUCUCUUAGACCCUGAAAAGCACCGCACCGUGGCUCAGUUAGGGGGAGUUUGCUGGUGAAGUCUGGUUUGAGGUUUGCUGUGAUCUUGCACGGACCAGUCCCGGCACCCUUAUGCCUCUGCAGUCAGAUAUUCUGCGGGAAGUCUGGACCUCGGACAACGACCAGGAUGAAGAUUGCGCUUCCCAGCUGCAAAGACAGAAACCCAAAAAGAAAAAGCAAGAGCCCAGCGUGAGGCAGGCCAACGACACAGAGAGCAAACCCAGGAAGACAAGGAAGAGCAACGAGCAGGAGAGCACUGCCACACAGAAUGGAAAGAAAAUAAAGAAAAAGAAACCUGACAAAGAAAAGAACGAGCCUGCAGAAAAAGAACCAAAGAAAAAGACUAAAAUGGUGCCCAAAAAGAAGAAAGACUCGGACGAUGAUGACGGAGAUGAGCAGGAUGACCCCCCAGAAGAAGCUCCCGUUAAAAAGACGAUAAAGAAAACUAAAAAAGACACGGCCUCCAAAAAUGCCGCCGCGGACAAGAAAUCCCAAACAAAAGAGGAGAAAAAUGAGACAGAAGCCAAAGGAAAAGUGACUAAACCAAAGAAGAAGGAGUCUGCCUCCAUGUUCCAGAUACAGGAGAGCAAACCCGAGGCCAAGGGGAAAAAGAAAGAGUCAAAGUCAGAAGGAGAGGAGAGCGGCAGUGACUCCAAACAGACCAAGAAAAAGAGCACAGCAAACCCCACCACGAUGUUCCAGACAGGGGGCGAGGCCAAAGACAAGAAGGGCAAGAAGCAGAAAGAUACUGCGAAAUCAGAGGAGAACAAGAGCGAGGAGGAAAACGAGGCAGCCCAGAAAAGCACCAAGAAGAAGGGCAAGGGCAAAAAGGCCAAAAAAGAGGAGGAGCGGCCCCCAUCGCCAGUCAUCGAGGUGGGCAAUCUGGAGGAGUUUGUGCUGGGACCCGCCCCCCAGGGCGUGACGAUCAAGUGCAAGGUCACCCGCGACAAGAAGGGCAUGGACCGGGGCCUCUACCCUACCUACUACCUGCACCUUGACAACGACAAGAAGGUGUUCCUGUUGGCUGGGAGGAAACGCAAGAAGAGUAAAACGUCCAAUUAUCUGAUCUCUGUAGACCCCACAGACAUGUCCCGGGAUGGGGAGAACUUCAUCGGAAAGUUGAGGUCCAAUGUAAUGGGGACCAAAUUCACUGUGUUCGAUAACGGGCUCAACCCUGACAGGGCGAGCUCUGACUGGUCGAAAGUGCGCCAGGAGCUCUCAGCUAUCAUUUAUGAGACCAACGUUCUGGGAUUUAAAGGGCCUCGCAGGAUGACUGUGAUCAUUCCUGGGAUGAACGAGGACAGUGAGCGUGUGCCAAUUCGACCCAGGAAUGAUAACGACGGGCUCCUGAUUCGCUACCAGAACAAGAACAUGGAGAACCUGAUCGAGCUGCACAACAAGACGCCGGUGUGGAACAACGAGACGCAGUCCUACGUGCUCAACUUCUCCGGGAGAGUGACGCACGCCUCCGUCAAGAACUUCCAGAUCGUACACAGCAAAGACGUGGACUAUAUUGUGAUGCAGUUCGGGCGGGUCGCAGACGAUGCCUUUACUCUGGACUAUAAUUACCCCAUGUGCGCCGUGCAGGCGUUUGCCAUUGCGCUGUCCAGCUUCGACGGCAAGCUGGCCUGUGAAUAGAGGAGGCAAAGGACAGCGGGACAGCGGGACAGCGAGUCAGGGGACAGGCUGCCGUUUAUGUUUGUUUUUUUAAAUACUUCUAACCAAUUCCACACCACAUUGGAAGUGUCGAUGAUAGAGCUAGGAGGAUGUCAAGCAGGAGAAGGGAUGCUGGUGUUUUGACAGCUCGAUUACUGAGAGUCUGCAAAACAUGCGGGAAAUGGAAAACUUUCUCCCAGCUAAUCCAAUUCAAAACUUGCAUUUACAAUACAUCAACUAGGAAUCCAGAUUGUAUCUCUCAAAACUGUCUCUUUUUUUUUC